CUGCGCUACGAUCGUCCACGAUGGUUGAUUGUAACGAGAUGGAAAUGUCGCGUGUGCCAAUUCUGGUGAUUCUAGGUGCCACGGGCUCCGGAAAAUCUCGUCUAGGUAUCGAACUAGCUCGCCGCUUCUCCGGUGAGAUCAUCUCAGCCGACAGCAUGCAGGUGUACAAAAGUCUGGACAUAGUUACUGCGAAAGUAAGCACGGCGGAAAGACAGGCGGCACCACAUCACAUGCUGGACGUCGUGGAUCCACUGACCAACUUCUCCGUAAUAGACUUCAGAAACAUGGCCUUGCCGAUUAUAGACAACCUGGUGGCCAGGAGGAAACUGCCCGUUGUCGUCGGCGGUACAAACUAUUAUAUAGAAUCUCUGCUAUGGGAGAUCCUUAUAGCCGAUCCGAAAGAUCCGUCAGUGCAAGCCGAUUCAAGCGCGACCGAUUCGAGCGCAUCUAUCGAGAAGAGAUCGGAUGAUCGAUAUAACAUACGGGUCGGUAGACAGAAUGACGAUGACGAUGAUAAUGAAAUGGCACCGACCAAGAAGUUGAAAUUCGACGCGAGAUUAUGUGAUGAUAGCAACGAGGAACUACAUCGAAGACUAAUGGAGGUCGAUCCGGAGAUGGCGCGCCGAUUGCAUCCUAACAACAGGCGGAAAGUCAUAAGAUCUUUGGAAGUUUUCCAUCAACACGGAAAAACGCAUUCGGAGCUCCUGAAAGCCCAACGCACCGCCGGUGGCUGCGGAUUAGGAGGACCCCUCAGAUAUCCAAAUUCCAUUAUCCUGUGGCUGCGCUGCAAUAAGAAAGUCCUAGACAACAGACUGGACGACAGGGUCGACAGUAUGGUGGAGGCUGGUUUGUUACAGGAACUACUCGACUUUCAUCGCAGAUACAACGAGCAACGGAUUAAGUCCAACACAUUAUCGGAUUACACGAAAGGCAUCUUCCAGAGUAUCGGUUUCAAGGAGUUUCAUCCUUACCUCGUGCUGUCCGAGGAGGAGCGCGCGAGCGAGAAGGGGAAAAAAUUACUGCAACAAGGAAUCGAUGAUUUAAAACUCGUCACUAAGAGAUACGCCAAGAAACAGGAUAAAUGGGUGAUGAACAGACUGAUUCGGCGCGGUGAUCGACAGGUUCCUCCUAUUUAUUCUUUAGAUUGCACUGACGUGAGGAAAUGGGACAGCCACGUCCUAAAACCCGCGGAAGACAUCAUUUCCGCAAUAAUGCGUGGGGAAAAACCCAAACAGAGACCACUGAAUGAAGAUUUCGAGAACCAAAAAACUACUGACAGCAGUACAAACACAUAUCACUAUUGCGAGGUAUGCGAGAAGAUAUUUGUCGAAGAGAAUCAAUGGCAGAUACAUUUGAAAGGUGCAAAGCACAUGAAUGUCUUGAAAAAGAAGAAAAGAGCGGAGGCCCAGGCACAGGCCCAAGAAAAUCAAUUGACGAGCUCGUGACACGUAUCGACAGUUUCGCUAUAAAUUCGCAAAUAUUCAUUUUUGCGUUUAUAUGUAGCGAUUAAACUAUCGGAACUGUGUUAUACUUGUAUAACAAUGUAUUUUACGAACAAUUAUCAAUGUAAAUAUAUUACACGCACAAAAAAAUAAA